AUGUUACGGAUCACGCGAGUUCGAUGCAGCCCGGGGCGCGGAAAGGUGUUUGAAAUCUUCUGCCGUGAGCAGCUGCUCACGAACCUCUCUCUUCGCGAGCUUACACUAACAGAGCGGCGCAAAGCGAUGUCUCGGCUCUUCAAAGAGCUCCCGGACGAAGACAUGCUUGCGCUCAAGCAGCGAGCGUCCAUCGAGCAGCUACACCAGGAGGCCCUGGAGCGCGCAGCCGCCUACUUCAAGCCCCUCACAACCUACGAGUUCUUCACUCGUGAACAGCAAGAUAACCCUGCCGUCGCCGGUGCCAGUCCUCGUGAGAAAGAGAUGAAGCUUUUGCAAAUCUACGAGUCGCUACCGGAGAAUGCGAGGAUGGCAAUAGAGAUCCGUGCCGAGCAGUACAAUGCUGCCCACUCCAAGAAGCCCACAACACCUGCUCUGCCAGUGAUACCCGUGCGAAAGAAGCCGGCUUCACCAGCCUCAGCGCCAUCGUCAGCGAAGGAGACAAAGAAGGCGCGGGGAAAGGCACAGAAGAAGUUUUCCAAGGGAACCGCAGGGAAGGCGGGGGCAGAGGCAAGCACCGACGUGGCGGUCCCUGCAAAGAGGGCUGUCAAGCGUUCUGCAGGGUCGCCGUACUCGGUGUUUGUGAGAGAGCACAUGGCCUCCCUGCACCACUUGGCGCCAAAAGAGCGCAUGCGCGUGAUUGGCGAGCGGUGGCGCUCGCUCACCAAGGAAGAGCGGCAACACCGGCUAGAGGUCGGCAAAGCGAAGCUGGCGGAGGAGCGCGCCGCGAAAGCGGAGGCAGCCGAAAAGACUGAGUCGAGCUCGCCCCAGACGUUGAAUGAGAAAGACGCCGUAGCCUCAUUCUCACCGGACGCACCCUCGACGAAGGCGGCAGACGGGACAAACACCCAGGUUGCAUUCACUAGCACUUCCUCCCCAUCGCAGGAGCCUUUAACAACGCCAGCAGGGGGGAACAGCUCUGCGACUGUUAUCACAUCCCUGUCACUGCCACCGUCGACGCCACAGUCCAUUAUGUUUUAG